CAAAAUGACGUCAGCGGAAGCAUUCGCGAGCUAGGUGACAUUAGUGCAGUUUGGUAAUGUUUUGAGCACCUCUGCCACGAUGGAGGCAACAAACACAGAGGAACUCCCUCUCAGGCACGUGGAGAAGGAUGUCCUGAUCCCCAAGAUGAUGAGGGAGAAAGCCAAGGAGCGCUGUGCAGAAAGAGUUGAAGCCUUCAACAGCUGCUGCAAAGAGUCCGGCUUCUUUAUGGUGUUUAAGUGUCGAGAAGAAAACUCGGCCCUGAAGGAGUGCCUGACACAACACUACCAGGAUCCGGCGUUUUUCGAAGAAUGCAAACGACUGUACAUUCAAGAAAAACUGGAAUUUCAGAAGACGGGGAUACCGACCAAGAACAGGACCCAGAAACUUCCAACCAGCAUGUAACAAUCAAGCUGAUAACCACAUGUCUUUCUUCUGCGUGCCCAGACUCCAGGAACUCUGGAGGCAGUUUAGCCACGUUUUCCACUCAUACUUACUACAUGACUGCAUCGUGUGAAAAUCUUCGGCAUAUUUACCAUUUCUUUGGUUUGCAGAAGUGGAUUUUAUUCAAUGAUCUUGUUUAAUGUCCAGACCAUGUGCAUAAUGAGUCAUAGGUGAAGUAUGUUCAUGGGAUCAGUCCUGAGGAAUUUCUGGGACAGCAGCAUUUUAACUUGGAUGUUGCAUAUCCAGGUUAAAAUGCUGUAUAUGUGGCUUUUUUUAAACUGUGGCUUUUGAUAGUGCUUCGAAAAGACAUGUGAGCCAAUUUGAUAAGAUUGUAAUUUAUUUGAGUACUGUAGAAAUGUCUGGUGAAAAAAAUGGCUUUAAGUGAAAAGUGUCUUGCAUGCAACACUCAUUGUAAAAUUGUCACAUUCACAGUGUGAAAAGAUUUCACACAAUUAGAUUUUUUUCAGUUUUAUGUGCAAUUGUUUUCAUUGAAUGUUGUGGUUUUAGCAGGUGUUGCAUUCUGAACAGUGCACUCCGAGGAAUAAAAGUUCAACUGAU